UAUUAUACAUUUUAAAUAAAACAAAAAUGUGCACUAACCGGGGCCUAGUCGACAAUCUAGAAUGUUACAUGGACGACCUUGUGGAUUGCUUCGAUGAUUUUAUUAAGAAAUCUCUAAUCAUCGUGUCCGUUGCAAUCGGCGCGUUAGUUAUUAUGCUGGUUUAUGUGUUAAAAAUAGUUACCGAACGUCCGCAAGUUGCACACACUACCACGGGAAAUGAAUCAAACAUAAGCUUACAAAACACUGGCUUAUCAUUUAGCCAUAAUACUGACAUACGGAGUAACAUACUACAAAGUGCCAAAAGCAGUAAAAACUCGAUGAAAAACAAUACCGAGGUACACAGUCCAGAACAGUCCUGCAAGAGAACCACGUCCGCGAAUACAGACACUUCGCCAAGUGAAUCAAGUUUAGACGAGAGCGUGCUGAGAAAUAUGGGAUUCUCGAAUUGUUCUAAAGGCUGCAUGCCGAAUAAAAAGUCUAUAACGCGUAACAACAGUUCCGAUACAAGAAUAACUACCCCUAGUUUGCCGACUUGCAUACUGUCUAAUCCCGUGCCUUUAUCUGAACCAUGUCAAGAAUAUGUACCUAACAGAGGCUCGUGUUGCUCUAUGUGUUGUGAUGAUGAUAAUUGAUGAUAAGAAUCAAGAAACAUACAAGAAUCAUUCAUAUAACAAUGGAAAAUUCAAACAACCAUUAAAAAGCAAUUUACACGUUUGGCAAAAUUUACUUGUGAAAGCAUUUAUUGGUCUAAGUUGUAGGCAUAGAUUCAAAUCAGAGCUCCCUGUCGAGUCUUUACCAAGAGACUACAGCAUGGGGUUUUUCAAAAAAGAGGUAAAGAAGUUUUUGCGGGGUCGGCAAUGCACGUGUAUUGCAGGUGUUCAUAGGCUACAGAAACCGCUUACCAUCAGGU